AAGAGAGAUGGGAGGGGAUUGACGUUUUGCCCGUUUUGCACAUCGAUAUAUACAUUUUUCAAUAUUCUUGUAUGUCACCAUUGUUGUUUUCUUUUAUUCUACUGAAGACGUAUCAAAAACAAACAGCAAAAUUCUUUAUCUAGCUGUCGUAUUGGUUUUGUGUGCAAUUUUGUGGUUAGCUAUAAAAUAUCCACAAUCAUUUGCCAAUAUAGAUCGAAUCAGCAGCUUGUAUGCCAAUGUUAUCAGGAAGAUGGAUAGCGUAUUUGAAGCGUACCUAGGCCAGGAUGCUGGAAUUUUAUCGGAGCCAGAUGAUAUACCCAAAACUAAUGAUCCCGUUUGGAUAUUGGGCAAGCAAUACAAUGCAAUUCAAGAAUUGGAAACGAUAAGACGAGAUGUCCAGUCAAGACUCUGGUGCACAUACCGACGUGGCUUCGUUCCUAUUGGCAGUCCUCAAUUAACUUCCGAUAGGGGCUGGGGUUGUAUGUUGCGUUGUGGUCAAAUGGUGUUAGCACAAUCGCUUAUUGAUUUGCACUUGGGAAGAGAUUGGUUCUGGACGCCAACGACACGGGAUCCGACUUAUUUGAAAAUUGUUAAUCGAUUUGAGGACGGCCGCAAGAGUCCGUUUUCGAUUCAUCAGAUUACGUUGAUGGGUGACUCGGAGAAUAAAAAAGUUGGCGAAUGGUUUGGACCAAAUACAGUAUGCCAGGUCUUAAGAAAACUAGUCAAAUACGAUGAUUGGUGUUCAAUAGUGGUACAUGUCGCAAUGGAUAACGUUGUGGUCACUGAUGAAAUAAUUAAUCUCUGCCAAGACAAUCAAGACUCGUGGAAACCGCUCCUUCUGAUAGUCCCUCUGCGGUUGGGUCUAAGCGACAUAAAUCCCAUAUACAUUGACGCACUGAAAAAGUGCUUCGAAUUACCGGGUACAGUUGGAAUGAUCGGCGGGAGACCGAAUCGGGCAUUAUAUUUCAUUGGAUAUGUGGGAGACGAAGCUCUCUAUUUGGACCCUCAUACGACACAAAGAAGUGGAUCGAUCGGAGACAAAUCUACUGAAACGGAAGUGGAAAUGGACGAAACGUUUCAUCAAAAAUACGCUGCUCGGAUCAAUUUCAAAGACAUAGACCCUUCGCUGGCUGUGUGUUUCCUAUGCAAAACAAAAGACGAAUUCACCCAAUUGACGAAACGUUUUCAAAGUGACGUUGCCGACACUGCCAUUCAACCUCUAUUUGAAGUAACAAAGACUGGCCAGGCACCAUGGUUGUCGCGAGCAGCGAAUGAACAAAGCUCGGCUGCUGGAUGUACAGAAGAAGACUUCGAUCAACUUACAAAUAAUGGUGAAUCUGAUGAUGAGUUUGAAUUUAUCACAUAACAUGAUGUGUAGAGUGUAUGUAACAAUGUUCUGAUGGAAGUCUUUCCCGUUGUCUACUUAUGUUUACGUGUGUUGAACGGAGUUUCGUUGCUUUUUUUAAGAAAAAAUUGUUUCGACAAAAAUGUGAAGAACAACCAAUUUAUCAGUUUCGUUUAAUAAAUCAUUUUGACGCACACAA